CACCAACCAUCAUACAGUACUAAAAAAUUAGAGAACUGAUUCUUCCACCUCCAACUUGCAACCACAAUGUCGCUGUCAAGCUGCAACCUCCUCUCCAACCCUUCCUUCGAGACAGGCAGUCUGUCCCCAUGGUUCACCACCGUCCCUAAUGUGAAUAUCGCCACAGUCACCAAUGCCACUACUGCCUACGAUGGAAAUUACUACUUAGACCUCAAAACCGACUACGGCAACCGUGGCCACUCCAUCGCACAAGCCAUCAGCGACCUACACCGGGGCGGAGUCUACACCUUCACCGCACAGAUCCAGAUCCCCGAGCCCUCCGGGGCGGAGUACUGUUUCGUGAACGCGUACGUCGGCCAGAAUGCGACGACCGGGUUGAUCGUCUCGCAGCUGCUGAUGCCGACGGGCGAGUGGACGGCGGUCAGUGGGGAGUACACGCGCCAGGGGCUGCGCGCGGACGAUGUGCUGACGGUGACGGGGUCGUGUACCUCGCCGGGGAGUUCGUAUAUCUUUGAUGUGUUAGUGGAUGAGGUGAUUUUUGCUGAAGAGGGGUGUGUGGAUGAGGAGGAGGAAUAG